AUGUAUUCUAAGCGAUCUGGUCAAGGGGAUGGGCCUGUUUCUAGGCCCGUACGCACGAGUGAUAGGCUCCGGAGAAGGCCAAAGCUCUAUGGUCGCCCAUACUUGUAUUAUGCUCCAACCAUUAUACGCCCCAAGAGAAGCAAGACUAAAACAAGGACAGCAGCUUCUCAGAUUGCAAAGAUGUUGCGUCCUGGUAAUCGGCCUGUGCUGACUUCAAAUGCAGAUUCAGUUGCAACCAACCUUCGGCGUUCUACUAGAAAGAGGAGGAUUUCUGUAAAUCUCGAUGCGUACACAGAUAGUUCUGGAACAGAGGACACUGACCUAAUGAGACCCAAGUAUCGAAGCUCUAGGAAUCAGAUAGAAAAUAGCGCAAGUCAAGAUGAGUUAUUGCCUCGUCGUGAAGGACUGCGACCUCGUCGUUCAAAAGCAGCUGCAAGAGAGCAGUUAAAUCUAGAAUCUGACAAUGAACAAGGCACUUCUGAGGAGAAUGCUAGUCAGGAUGAGCACGAAAAUGGGAACAAUGUUGAGGAUAAUGUUGCCGAGGGUGAGGAUGAGGGUGGUGAGGGUGAUGGUGAGGAUGAAGGGGAGGCCGAAGAUGAAGGAGAGGAAGAUGGUGAUGAUGAAGAGGGUGAAGACGAACAGGAAGGUAGAAGGCGAUAUGAUCUCCGUAAUCGUGCAGAUGUUCGGAGGCUUUCUCUCGACGAGGGUAAGCAAAGACCAAGAUCUCCUCGAAGAGUACUGCACCAAGGCAUGGGGACGAAGGUUGGCAGGGAUGUAAGAAGAGGUGGAUCCCGAGUUCAUAAACGUCAUCGCCUAGCGCGAGUUGAAGAUUCUGAUGACUCCCUUCUGGUGGAUGAGCUGGAUGAAGGCCCUCCCAUUCCUUGGGGAAGAGGUGGGAGCAGAUCUGGACCACCUUGGCUUUUGGGGGGACUAGACAUGCAUGGCACAGCAGCAUGGGGGUUGAAUGUUGCUGCUUCUGGUUGGGGUCCUCAUAGUGACACAUUUGCUAAUUUGACUUCUGGGAUUCAAACUGCUGGGCCAAGUUCCAAGGGAGGGGCUGAUAUUCAACCUCUACAAGUUGAUGAGAGUGUAAGUUUUAAUGACAUAGGUGGGCUUUCUGAAUAUAUUGAUGCUUUGAAAGAAAUGGUUUUCUUUCCAUUACUGUAUCCGGAUUUCUUUGCGAGUUAUCACAUCACCCCUCCAAGAGGGGUCUUGUUAUGUGGUCCCCCCGGCACCGGGAAAACUCUGAUUGCAAGAGCAUUAGCUUGUGCUGCUUCCAAGGCCGGGCAGAAGGUCAGUUUUUAUAUGCGAAAGGGUGCUGAUGUGCUUAGCAAAUGGGUUGGGGAGGCUGAAAGACAGUUGAAACUACUAUUUGAAGAAGCCCAGAGGAAUCAGCCUUCCAUUAUCUUCUUUGAUGAGAUAGAUGGACUUGCUCCUGUUAGGUCUAGCAAACAAGAGCAGAUUCACAAUUCCAUUGUUUCAACUUUGCUUGCCUUGAUGGAUGGUCUUGAUUCUCGGGGGCAAGUUGUUUUGAUUGGUGCUACCAACAGGAUUGAUGCCAUUGAUGGAGCCUUGCGGCGCCCAGGUAGAUUUGAUCGUGAAUUCAAUUUUCCUUUGCCUGGCUUUGAGGCACGUGCCGAAAUAUUAGACAUCCACACUCGGAAAUGGAAGCAGCCUCCUUCGAAGGAGCUAAAAUUAGAGCUUGCAGCCAGUUGCGUGGGAUAUUGUGGAGCUGAUUUAAAGGCUCUGUGUACUGAAGCUGCAAUUCGUGCUUUUCGUGAAAAAUAUCCUCAAGUAUACACCAGUAACGACAAAUUCGUUAUAGAUGUUGACUCAGUAAAGGUGGAAAAAUAUCACUUUACAGAAGCCAUGUUAACGAUCACUCCUGCUGCUCACAGAGGCUCGAUUGUUCAGUCUCGACCAUUGUCACCAGUUGUUGCUCCAUGUCUGCAAAGGCAUCUUCAGAAAGCCAUGAGUAUUAUAUCGGAUAUUUUCCCUGCUCUUGCAGUUUCAUCAGAACUGACCAAGCUUUCCAUGCUCUCCAAUGGUUCUGCUAUUCCUCUUGUGUACAGGCCUCGACUUCUCCUAUAUGGUGGCGAAGGUGUUGGGCUGGAUCAUCUUGGGCCUGCAAUUUUACAUGAAUUGGAGAAAUUUCCUGUUCAUUCUCUUGGGCUUCCCUCUCUUCUUUCUGAUCCUAGUGCCAAGACACCUGAGGAGGCAUUGGUCCAUUUAUUUAGCGAAGCAAGGAGAACCACACCUUCGAUAUUGUAUUUGCCUCAAUUCCAUCUUUGGUGGGAGAAUGCACAUGAGCAACUUAGGGCUGUUUUGGUGACACUAUUAGAAGAAUUGCCAUCCGACUUUCCCAUAUUGUUACUUGGAAUGUCCUUGGUUCCACUUGUUGAGCUAGAUGACAAUCCUUUGUCAAUAUUUCCUGACCGCAAUAUGUAUGUGUUUACCAAAUUUGAUAUGCAUCUCAGGGUUGUUGUCUAUCUAAUGAGGGAUCAUGGAACGAUAUUGCUUGGAGUUUCUCUUUCUGGGACACGUAUGACAUACUACUUUCAUGAGUCUUUGUGA